AGAUGCUUCAUGUUUGAAGGAGUUUUCUGUUUCAGGUCACCUGGACGGUCUCACCUCCACAGAAGGAGGAAUCUUCGGGCUCACCUGGUGAAGGCGGGGCGGAGCUUAGCAGCGUUUCUUUUUGGACUCCUGUUGGCAUCUCUUUACGGAGCCAUGGCUCUGUUCCUGCAGAACCAGCCCCUGUGGUUCUGCGUGUACACCACGGUGACAGUGGGCGGCCUGGCAGCGUUCGCUAUGGGACUGUCGCCAGGUGUUCGGGCCGACGUCAUGGUGAUGCUGCCCACCAUGUGCUCAGCUCGUGGCAGGACCUUCAUCCUCCUCCUGUUUGUGUCGACGCUGCUGUCCGGUCCAGUAAAGAACACGCUGGAAAACACGGAGCGAGCUGCCUCCAGCCUGCUGUGUGGAGCUGAGCUGGCAGCCAAUCAGACGCAGGAACUGAUGCAGCAAGCAGCCACGCCCCUCUACUCUGUGUUGGACAAAGUCAGAGAGAUCAGCCGUAACGCUUACGCUGUCGCAGGAAGAGUCCAGAACUUCAUCAACACCCUGACAGAGAGCGUCCGCCAUGUUGCCCGCACUCUGAAGAAUGUCCUCCACUUCCUCGUGGACAUCGGAGACAUCUGUAACGACAAACUCGGCGUUCCGUACAGGAAGUGCCGGGAUGUGUUUGCCGAGGCUCGGGUCGACUGCACCAACCUCCUGGGAGACUUCAACUUCCUGUGUGACAUCGUGGACGGCUUCCUGCCGCUCUGCAACAUCGCUCGAGCUGGGGAGCUCUUCUGCAUCAUCCCCUCCUACAUCUCCACCCAGCUGAAGCAGCGCCUGGCAGAACCGACGGUGGCUGCCUUUAAGAGGAUGAUGCAGGAGUUUGAGUUCAACAUGACGGCCUCGGUGCAGUUCCACCUGGACGCUAACAGCAGCCGCUCCCUGCAGCAGGUGUCUCAGGACAUCAUGGCUGAGAUCUCCUCUGACCUGCAGCUGUUUCAGAGACUGGGUGAACCUCUGAUGUACUUCAGCCUGGUCCUGCUGGGCUGGGCCUUCUUCAGGGCGGUGCAGUACAGGCGCAGGUACCUCCGUCAGCUCAGCUUUGAUAACAUCUACAUCAACGCUCAGUUCAAAGAGCUGGACGAGCUGGUGGUGUCAGUGGGUGGAGCUUCAGUCCUGCCACUCACACGCAGAGAGGCUAAGACCUACAUCAGUCCUAUGUCCUUCCAGAUGUCCUUCAAAGAGCGCAAAGCUGUGCUGAUGGGCGUGGCCUCUGUGUUCAAACACCUGGUCAUAGGCAGCCUGCUGGUGUGCCUGGACUUCCUGGUGUUCUGGAUCCUGGAUCAGGUGUACCACCAGGUGAAGGGAGACGUGAUCGCUCGAGCUCCGGUCAGGCUGGUGGUCCAGGUGAACGGGUCCGGGUACGCAUCGGACAUCUUCAGAGACCUGGUGUCCUCCUUCAACAUCCUGCAGAGAGGAAACAUCACUGUGAUCAGCAGGAAGUGUCUGCUGGAGCCAUCAGAGCCGGACUACACCACCUGCUUCAUCCUGGGGUUCCUGCUGGGCCUGGCUCUGCUGGUGUCUCUGACCGGAGGCUUCAUGCAGCGCUGCAGACGACUCAUCUGUGCUGCCUACCAUCCAGAGCGAGAGCAGGACUUUGAGGCGGAGUUGUAA